UCCGGAGAAGUGAAAGUGAGCGUGUUCACACCACAGCAAAGAAAAGCCGCAGAGCGUCAGGCUUGUAUCAAGAGUUAUAAGAAGAAGUCUGUAAUGAGGUGUGUCCUGUUUCUAAAGCUGACUGAAGUCGCACUUUAAAUGCACUGGAUUCGGUAACAGCUUCGACACAAACAGGGCAAGAGACGCGACAGACAUGGAGAAUGGGAAGAGCCGCCUGCAGCAGACCCAGGACGAGGUGGAGGAGGUGAAGGACAUCAUGCUAGACAAUCUGAACAAGGCUGAAGAGAGAUCGGAGAAACUGCAUGAUCUGGAGGAUAGGGCUGAUGUGCUGCUGGAAAAGAGUAAAAAUUUUGAAAAGACCUGCAACCAGGUGAAGCAGAAGAAAAGAUGGGAGAACAAGAAGAUGAAAAUCGUGUUUAUUGGCGUUGGAGUGGUUGCAGGACUCACCAUUCUCGGACUUAUAAUCUUUGCCAUCGUUGGAUAAUAUGCAAGGACAGUAGUUCCUUUGAUUAAGAAAGGAAAACAAGGUAUUGGGACUGAGGGACACGAAGUGGACAAAGAUAAAACAUCCAGGAAAAGAGUCCAAACUCUGAGACUCUAGCAUCUUGCCUGAACUGCUCAUUCUGUGAUAUUUCUGUGUUAUGGAUAUUUAUGGGAGUAUACAUUAGUGUCUUCAAUUGAUAUGGUACCGUUGAUUGCUCGGCUGCUUCUUCUCUUUUUUAGAACUUCAAAGUCUUGUCUGGCCCAUAUUGGAAGGACACACCAGUUCACACAUGGAUGAAAGUCUUUAAAGUCAGCUGAAUGGAAUAAAACCUGUCUACUACCCUACCUGUAGAAACUCACUAUUAUAAAGGUUUCUUGACUUUAGGUUGAAACAAAGUUCUCUGGCAUCACCUCACCUCUUUAAACAAAACUAUAAAUUACUAAUAUUUUUAACCAAUCAUCAUUAGACUGCUACUCUUGUACUAUUUGCUUGUACAUAAGGUUCACAUUCCAGAGCAACAGUCAGAAAAUUGGCAUCACUGUUCGCUGAACCAAAAACAGACUGCAUGUCAGUCGAUGAAUUGGGGAGAACCAAGCAUGAGUGCAAAAAGACACAGGAGAAAACAGAACAGAUGCCAAAAUUUGGUAAACAUGCGCACACUUCAGAAAGCUUCAAAUGGGACAGAAUGAACAUGAAAUUACAGCUGUUAAAAAUGAAAUGUUCUCAUUUGCCUGCAUCAUUAAAAUGGGUUUUAUUGCUCUUUGAGUGUUUCAGUGAUUUGAGAUGUUUUUCUCAUACAAUCUGUGAUUUUUGUUUUUUGUUCGCAUUAUUCCCCAAAACACUGAUUGUAGCUGUCCUGAUCUGUAACUGCUCUAUACAUCAAUAAUGUGUGAGAUGCACAGAAAACAGA